AUGCCCGCCAGCAUCAAGCAGCCCACCCAGGGCGAAAAGGCAAAACCGACUCUCGAGACUCUUCCUCCUGAGAUCAAAAACGAAAUCUUUUCGCACCUCCUGCAAGGCGCCAAAGUCAAAUACUCAACCGACGGAUCAUGGCCUGGCUACAAGUACAGGUUCGACGCCACCAUCAUGCGCACCAGCAAGCAAAUGAAUGAAGAUGCCUCCGCAUAUCUUCACCGUCACAACGAGUUCGCUCUGAUCCACUCCAAGUUCUUCGCUUUCGAGAUUGACAAGAAGCGCUUCUUGCCCACUAUUGCUACAGGAAAGGCUGCCGGCACGUUCGCUAAACCUGCAAUCGAAGCCACUGUAACCCACCUGGGAACCGAUAAGUGCUCAUGCUGUAACCCCAAAAAGCACCAGGCCAAAGACAGGGUGACACAUGCUCUGUUUCUGGUUGCUGAUCUCGAACACUUCACGCGAGAGCUUCGCUUGACCUUUCACAUGUGGCCCUCACAACCAAUCUACAUCCUUUCGGCACCCAACGUCUCUCCGGUCCAGCACAUCCCAGUCAACGUUGAUACCCAGGUCAAAAUCGUCUGGAAGGUCAACCCAGCCUCACGCCAGGAUCUGAAUGAUGUGGAGUCCAGGGCUCGUCACUCUCGACUGCUCGCGCCUCUCGACUUUCCGAUGGGCUUCGGUAAGAAGAUAUCCAUCCUCGGGUUCGGCACCGACGAAGCUCUCAAGAUCACUGAUCAGAUCAUGCCACGCAUCCUAUCUGUUGAUGCUGCUGGCUGGGAUCUAUACUGUCUCAUGAAGAGUCAAAAGGCCCAUCUUGACAACGUUUUGUCACAGAACCCAUCUUCACUUUCCAACUUGAUCUGUUCUUACAUGGACCUUGCUUGCCUGGGCCAUCAACUCGAGAUUCCAGGCCAUUGGCACUACGCCUCUGUCGUGAGAACUGUCAACAACCACGGUGAGAUUGUCAGUCUGUGCCUAAUGCCUUUUGAUGAGCUUGACGACGAAGAGUACGAGUCAGCCAUCGCGGGUUCAUGGCAGGUCGCUUUGCUUUGCCUGGUACUGGACUCUCUGUUCACAGUCGUGAGACUUGCUAUGGAAGACGUCACCUUCAAGCAUUUCCCAGACUGUAUACAAAUCAUAACCGACAUGAUCACUCAUAUCUUUCGCGGCAAGAGUCCUUUCCCUAAACAUUACAUCUCUCUGUUGGGACAUUAUAUGGUUUGGCUCAUGCUCCAUCAAGAUCUAGACCGUGACCCUGAUACCAGCACCCUCGGGGCGCGCGGUGUGGCACUGCUGGCAAACCUUAGAACAUGCACGCCAGAGGAAGAGGAAACCGAUGUUUAUCGUCACCUGAUCGAAGACCAGACCUUCCUGAGCAAGGUCGUCCUAGUAAGUCGAUUUCCUAUCUCUCUAUGGACAACUACGGCAGAACAAAAACAUCUUGCAGUGCUACAGCCAUACGCGUGA